CGCUAUGGACGCGGCCGAAGUGGAGUUUCUGGCCGAGAAGGAGCUGGUGACCAUCAUCCCCAACUUCAGCCUGGACAAGAUCUACCUCAUCGGGGGCGACCUGGGACCCUUCAGCCCCGGCUUGCCGGUGGAGGUGCCGCUGUGGCUGGCCGUCAACCUGAAGCAAAGACAGAGGUGCCGCCUGCUGCCCCCGGCGUGGAUGGACGUGGAGAAGUUGGAGAUGGUGAGGGACCGUGAGCGACAGGAGGAGACCUUCACCCCGAUGCCCAGCCCUUACUACACAGAACUCACCAAGCUGCUGCUGAAUCAUGCUUCAGACAACAUCCCAAAAGCAGACGAGAUCCGGACCCUGGUCAAGGAUACGUGGGACACGCGCAUAGCCAAGCUCCGAGUGUCUGCCGACAGCUUUGUGACACAGCAGGAGGUGCAUGCCAAGCUGGACCACUUGACCUUGAUGGAGAUCAACACCAGCGGGGCCUUCCUCACACAGGCCCUGAACCACAUGUACAAGCUCCGCACAAACCUCCAGCCCUCUGAGAGCACCCAGUCCCAGGACUUCUAGGGAACCUUGUGGUGUGUACAGCCCCAGGCUUGCUGGGAGGUGAGCAAAUAGGACAGGGAGGAGGCACUCGUGGUUCUGGAGCUCUGGAAACAUUUGUGAAUGUGCGAGAAACGGGUCAUGGUGCAGGCAUGGGUUCGUAACAUUGGAGAAGCAGCAGGCUUGGGAUUAGCCCUCAAAACGUUCAAGUGCACAGCUGUUUCUAGAAGCCAGCCCUCCUGUUUUGCAGUUAGGAAAAAGCUUUAGGCAAUGCUGUUCUCCCAGCUGUGUGAAGCCGUCAGGCACCGGUGGGUAUUCCGUGACCGUCAGGUGUCCAAGCAGCAGGAGUGGUGAUGCAGCCGAGGGCACUUUCCGUCUUGAUUCUGAUGUCUUGGGCAAGUUGGACUCUCCCUCCGAGGGCAGCCGACGGCCUGGCUUGAGAUGCCGACUCUGCUGCCCCUCCACACCCAACCCACAAUAAAAAUGUGUCACCCCAA